AUGAGAGAGAUCCUUCACGUUCAGGGCGGUCAAUGUGGCAACCAGAUUGGCUCCAAGUUCUGGGAGGUUGUGUGCGAUGAGCACGGCAUAGAUCCAACUGGUAGGUACGUCGGUACCAAGGAUGUGCAGCUGGAGCGUGUCAAUGUCUACUACAACGAAGCAUCGUGUGGGCGGUUUGUUCCUCGUGCUGUGCUCAUGGACUUGGAACCUGGGACCAUGGACAGUGUUCGCACUGGUCCGUAUGGCCAGAUCUUCAGGCCUGAUAACUUUGUUUUCGGACAGUCUGGUGCUGGUAACAACUGGGCAAAAGGACACUACACUGAAGGUGCAGAGCUUAUUGAUGCCGUUCUUGAUGUUGUGAGAAAGGAGGCUGAGAACUGUGACUGUCUUCAAGGUUUUCAAGUUUGCCACUCCUUGGGUGGAGGAACUGGUUCUGGAAUGGGAACCUUGUUGAUCUCGAAGAUUAGGGAGGAGUACCCUGACAGGAUGAUGCUUACAUUCUCUGUUUUCCCUUCACCAAAGGUCUCUGAUACAGUUGUUGAGCCAUACAAUGCUACCCUUUCUGUGCAUCAGCUUGUGGAGAAUGCAGAUGAGUGCAUGGUGUUGGAUAAUGAAGCAUUAUAUGAUAUCUGCUUCAGGACUCUCAAGUUGACUACUCCUAGUUUUGGUGACCUGAACCACUUGAUCUCUGCAACCAUGAGUGGGGUCACUUGCUGCCUUCGCUUCCCUGGUCAACUCAACUCUGACCUCCGAAAACUUGCUGUCAACUUGAUCCCAUUUCCUCGUCUCCACUUCUUCAUGGUUGGAUUUGCGCCUCUGACCUCCCGUGGAUCCCAGCAAUACCGAGCUCUAACAGUCCCAGAAUUGACCCAGCAGAUGUGGGAUUCCAAGAACAUGAUGUGCGCUGCUGAUCCCAGGCAUGGUCGAUACCUCACUGCCUCAGCCAUGUUCAGGGGCAAGAUGAGCACUAAAGAGGUGGACGAACAAAUGAUCAAUGUUCAGAACAAGAACUCUUCCUACUUUGUUGAGUGGAUACCAAACAAUGUGAAAUCAAGCGUUUGUGACAUUCCACCCAGAGGGCUAUCCAUGGCAUCCACAUUCAUCGGGAAUUCGACCUCCAUCCAGGAAAUGUUUAGGCGUGUGAGCGAACAAUUUACUGCCAUGUUCAGGAGGAAGGCCUUCUUGCACUGGUACACUGGCGAAGGAAUGGACGAAAUGGAAUUCACUGAAGCAGAGAGCAACAUGAAUGAUCUCGUCUCUGAGUAUCAGCAAUACCAGGAUGCGACUGCCGAUGAGGAAGGUGAAUACGAGGACGAGGAGGAAGUUCUGGAGGAUAUGUGA